AUACGGCAUAUGAGGAAAAGGUCACGAUUUUCCCCACCAACCUCCGCUUGUAGGACGAUGGCAGUUUGAAAAAGAAAUAAUACAAUCAUUUUCUUUUAUAUCUACAUGAGACAAAAUGACCAAGGUCAGGUAACGUGUGUACUGCCCAACAACAUUGCUGGAUUUCAAGUUCCUCUAAGCUUCGAUUGUGCAAAGCAUUUUCUUUUGGCGUUGUUUAAAGUUGAGGAGGAAGGAAAAGGGGAAGAAGAAGAUGACGAAAUUGGCCAAACACAUUAUGUUAACUUUUGUGAAGGUAAACUUUAAAAAUAAACAUUCCCACAUCUCACUUCGGAGUGACUUGCGUUCCUUGUCGGUCACUGAUUUUCUGAAGCGUUAUUGAUUUUAUCGAGACACUGACAAAAACUGUGAAACAUGACUCCUCUUCCUGAUCGCGGCAUCAUUAGCUCUCUUAUCGGGAUAGUGAUGUACGUGGUGGGGAUAGCGACACCCGCCUGGCUCAAGGCUGGACAAGAAGGGUUUGCGAUAGAAGUGGGACUGUGGCAGGCCUGCGUUACACAUGCAGGAGCAAGGACUUGCGGUAUUAGCCAGGGGUCCGGUGUCGUCCAUGCCACACGUACUUUUGCUGUGAUCGGACUGCUAAUGCUCAUCGCUGGUGUUGCUCUGGCCUACUACGCCGCGUACAAGAACCCCAACAAAGACAAGAGGAAAUAUGGUGCCCUGAUCAUUGCUGGAGGGGUCUGUGGGAUAAUUGCUGUCGCCAUCUUUGGUGCGUCAAUGCGGAAUGGCAGCGGGACGGAGCUGCCGAUUCCUUUCGGCUACUCCUUCUACCUGACCUGGGUGCAGGCGUUCCUAACGGUCUUUGGAGGAACCGACAUCAUCGAUAUCAAAGCCGGGCGUAGGGACACAGAGGAUGACCAACCGCUGCACCGUGAGGAAGUUAUUGCAAUGAGAGAGUCUAUUAUUUAAUCAUUAUAUCUAUUUAUUGAGAAGAAGAAAGGGGAAGAAACAAAGUGGAAGAAAUUGACCUAAAACAUGUACUAUUACUUAACCCCUGUGAAGAUAAACUUAAAAAAUAAAAGCCCACAUAUCUCGUGUUUCAAAUCUCAUUUCCGGGCACUAUUAUAAAUGAUGUUUACAUGCACUGUCAAUCAUGAAUUAAUGAAACGACCAACUAGAUUGCUGGAUUUCAAGUUCCUCUAAGCUUUCCUUGUGAAAAGAAUUUUCUGUACUUACUUCUGUAUUGUACCCGUUGUAAUUCAAAUAAAGUUGAGUUAAAGUUGAACAUAAAACAGGAACUCCUACAUCUCGUGUUCACUUCUCAUUUCU